AUGUUCAACUUUAGUCUCUCUCCACCCCUUGCCUUCUUAAGAGGGGGUGAUGUCCCGCGGCAUCGCACGUCAGAACAGAAUCCUGUCGUACUUCAAGACACCCACCAAAGACUGUUCUCGAUUAGCUUCAGAACGCCUAGCCCGUCGGAUGCUACAUUCUCCACGCAGAUCUUUCCUCAGAAGGAGUCCCAGCACGAUUUUGAAUCGAGUUUCUACAGACCGCCGCCGCAUUAUCACCUCUUUCAAGAUGAGCACUUCCGUGUCGACUCUGGGGAGGGUACAUGGUAUCUUUGGGGCGGAAAGACCGUUCAAUUGAAGAAGGGUGACCGGAUUGUCGUGCCCGCUCGGAGAUGGCACACAUUCGACGUCGCUCCCGACUCGAAAGAACCACUAGCGGUGUCAUACUACUACGACAAGGAGUAUGUGGAGAUGGAAGAGACCUUCUUUAGGAACGUUUUGUCGUACUUCGCAGACUGUCGGAGAGCUGGUGUGUCGCCAUCCGUUUUCCAGAUCAUGGUUUUCGCGAUGCACAACUGGAUGCCCAUUGCACUGCCCGUGCCAGGUCCGGAGUGCUUCAACCUUAUUUUGAACACGAUUUUGAUGAUCUUGAUUGGGUGUAUUGGACAGUUCUUGCUCGGAUACAAAGCUUCAUAUCCUGAGUAUGAAGAUGAAGAGCAAAAGAAAGGGAAGAAUGAUUAA